AUGGCGGACCCAGCUCUCCAUCCAGCGCCUCUCCACCAGACCCAACCUCUAAAGGAGAUCACCAUUGACUACACUCCGGAGGCCUGCGCCCACUGCGCCGACUCCAACUCCAUCGCCCUCACCUUCGACCACCGUGGCGGCGCUCGUUGGCGCACCACCACCCGCUUCCUCCACGGCACCUUCCGGGCCCACAUCAAGUGCCCCGGCGGCAACACCAGCGGCCUCAACUUCAAUAUCUACCUCUCCUCCCUAGAGGGCGACAAGUCCCAGGACGAGAUCGACUUCGAGUUCUUGGGCAAGGACCGGACCGUCGUCCAGACCAACGUCUACACUUCUGGCACUGGAAACAGAGAGCAAAUUCACAAUCUGGGUUUUGAUUGCUCCGACGGGUUUCAUGAGUAUGUCAUCAAGUGGGGUCCAGAUUUGAUCGAGUGGCUGAUUGAUGGAAAGGUUGUGAGGAGAGAGGAGCGGAGAGAAGGCGAGGGGUUCCCGGAGAAACCAAUGUUCUUGUAUGCCUCGGUUUGGGAUGCGAGCUACAUUGAUGAGGGAAGGUGGACUGGGAAGUAUGUGGGAUGUGAUGCUCCUUAUGUUUGUUUGUACAAGGACAUUCAUGUGCCUGUUGGGACUCAUGUGGGUUCUUCGUAG